UCGUCGUCCGUCGUCGCGAUAGUCUGUUAGUGAAUUGAGUGAGCAGUGAGCUAGCAGCAAGUUAGUCAGUACUUUGCCGUUUGUGCGUCUGCCAGUCUUGGUUGAUCUUUGGCGCAGGCAAGUUCUGCCGGAGCAGGUUUAUUCUGUGAUCGUCUAGUAGUGUUGGAUUAGUGGUGUUGAAUUUGUUGCUGGAUAAGAAACAUUGUUGAGAAGAAAACCUACAUUCUAGCUAUAGCUCGAGUGGCAGCAAGUGUUUGACUAAGUGCUUCAGAAAUGGGGUCCGAGACCCGAAUUCUCGGCGGAAGUCUCCUCGUAGUCGCAGUACUAUCGACACUCAUUAUCGGAAUACAGUCUACCAGCAACUCACAGCACGAUGUGGAUCUGGUGUUUGACGAUAUCUCGUCGCCGAUUGCGAGCAAGGUCGUUGUGUUCAGCGAACAGCGGCCCCAAGCGCACUCCUCACCGGUGAGUAAACGGAGCGCCGACCGUAACAACGUCGAGGAGGAAAGCCUCUUCGACCUGAGUGGCUUCGAUAACAACAAUGUUGCGUUGGCCGACGACGACGACGACGACAACGACGAUGUGGACGAGGACGACGUCGAUGACGCUGACUUUGCGGACGCAGAGACGGCGGCAGCGGCGCCAGAAGCAGAGAGUCAGAAUUGGCUGGUGCGAAGUGUACACAGAAUCAAGCGGAGCAUAGAUAAUCUAUUAGGUGGGCCUGAGAAAACCGUGAAACCCCCCAAGAAGAAGAAAAAGAAGAACCCCAAGAAGCCGCUUAACGGUAGCAAAAAGGUGAAAAUCGAAGGAGAUUUAAAUGCUGGCAAGAAGAGCGCCAAGAAGAACCAGCCGAGUGAGCGACGAAAAGGUGAAAAUUUUAAAAAGUCGUCACGCGUCGAGAAGAACAAACGAAAACCGAACGCCGAUGCGCUGCGACUGAAGCGACAGUUUGACGAAUCGGCGUACGACGACGAAGACAGAAUGUCUGGCUCGGGCGGGUUGCCGGACCGCGGGUUCGAGAAUGUCUAUAAGCUAACAUUGACGGUGUCCGAGAAUUACGAUCCAGCGUUCGAAAAUAAGGAGAGCAAUCAAUUCAAACAGGUUGCAAAGAAUGUCGCGGAGAAAUUACAUACACUGCUCAGUGACUUGGAUUUGAGCGCGCUGUUCAUUAUCACCGUACAGGAACUAGAGCGGAACUCGGACGAACCGCGGGAAACGUUCGUCACGUUCGAAAUAAGCGUGGACAAGAGCAUCUCGAAGAACGCCAUCGAUAACCACCUUCGGCUUUCCAUCGAGCGCGGUUACGAGAAUUUCGACCUGAAGGGAUACAGUCUAACGGCGGAAGGUACUUUGGAUGAGGAUUAUGGUGAAACAGAUUACCCAGAUCAUGGUCCAGAUAAGCCUCUUGAUCCGUUUACUGAAGAGCCUUUCAUUAGUGAAAAACCAUACACUGUUUCUACGACUCAUCAUGAAGUUUUGAAUCGGGUUCCUGACGUACCUGACGAAGAAGAAGACGAAGACGACGAUCCUGUUACGGAACCUGUAACGGAAGCUCGCGUUGAAGUUUCCAGCCAACACCCGGUCUACGCAGAGGACAAAUGCCGUGGAGACGACAAAUUCCGAUGUGGAAAAACGAACGUGUUCAUAUGUGAAGUGCAGAAGUGCGACGGACAUCCUGAUUGUCCCAAUGGCGAGGAUGAGGAUCCAAAGGAUUGUUUAUUCUGUAAUGAGGACGAGUUCAGCUGUGCUGAUAGCAGCAAGUGUAUCCAGACAUCACAAAAGUGCGAUCUCGUUCGGGAUUGUGACGAUGGCUCUGAUGAGUUGGACUGUUCUACUGUGGCACCAAUACCAGAAGAAUGCAGUCAUGAAGAGUACACGUGCCAGGAUGGAAAUUGUAUUCCUAUAGAAAACCAGUGUGAUGGUCAUCUCGAUUGUGAGAAUGGCGAAGAUGAGCAAGACUGUUCAAAACGAGAAUGUGCAUCAACUGAGUUCCAAUGCAACGAUGGCCGUUGCAUUUCGAAGGACAAUGUAUGCGACGGAAUCAAGCAUUGUCCAGAUGAAGAAGACGAGGACUGUGAAUUCGAAGGCGAUGAAUGCGGUGAGCAUCAAUUCAAAUGCGUAACGGAUGAGUUCUGCAUACCGAUAGAAUAUCAUUGCAACAGACGAUUGGAUUGCUACGAUGGAUCCGACGAGAAGGGUUGUGAAAUUUGUAACCCAGGAGACUUCCGCUGUGACAAUGGCUACUGCAUUCCCAUGAGUCAACGCUGCGAUAGAUUUCACCAGUGCAGCGAUGGCAGCGACGAAAAGGGUUGUAGAACUGAAACAUGUAGUACUGAUGAAUUUACCUGCCUGAAUGGAGAAUGUAUCAGCAGUCAUGACCGAUGCAAUGGCCGCAAUGACUGCGGUGACGGUUCCGAUGAAUAUGACUGCCCCAGGAAAUGCGAUGACCGUUAUCAGUUUACCUGUUCAGAUGGUACAUGCAUUGCCAAGUCGGCUCAAUGCAAUGAUUACGAAGACUGCCCAGAUGGCAGCGAUGAAUCCAAUUGUGACGAUAAUUCUCUUUUAAAAUCAUUGGAUCAUCACAAUCAUCACAAUCGUGCUAGCGUUUCUCACCAUCAGCAUGGCCAGCAUCAACCGGGUUACAGCACCACUCGCUGCGGACACGACAAUUUCCAGUGUCACGAUGGAAUCUGCAUAGCGGGCUAUAAAAAGUGCAAUGGAAUUGUGGACUGUCACGACCAGUCCGACGAGCUCGAUUGUCCAUACGCUAACGAAGACGACGAGGAAUGCGCGAGUCAUGAGUUUUACUGCGAUGGAAGAUGCUUAGACAACAGUUUCCGUUGUGACGGUAGGAUUGAUUGUCAAAAUGGAGAGGACGAAGAAGAAUGUGAUAUUCAUGACGAAUGUAGUGAUACCGAAUUCGCAUGCGAUGGUAUUUGUCUAGCUAAGGAAGCAUAUUGUAACGGUUCUCCGGAUUGCGAUGACGGAACCGAUGAAAAUAACUGUAUUAUAUGCCAGGCCGGCGCAUUCCAUUGCAAGAGUAGAGAAUGUAUUCCGUUCAGUAAACGUUGCGAUGGAGUUAUGGACUGUAACGAUAAUAGUGACGAACUCGAUUGUAACACCAACGGCACAAGUGGGCCCUGCACCACAGAUCAGUUUCAGUGUGACAAUGGCUUUUGUAUAAAUAGCGAAUUCCGCUGCGACAGUCAAGACGAUUGUACAGACAGAUCGGACGAGAUCGGCUGCCCAACCGGUCCUCGGUGUACGAUUGACCAGUUCACCUGCUCUGACGGUACUUGUAUCGACGGAGAUCAACGCUGUGAUAGACGACGAGAUUGUAGCGACGGUGGCGAUGAAGCCGACUGUGGAGCUUAUUAUCCUCCUCCUCAUGUCGAACGUUGCCCAGGCAGACACGAAUGCCCGGAAGGUACCUGUAUUGAUCGCUCCAAACUGUGCGACGGAGUCAGAGAUUGUCACGAUGGAUCCGAUGAGCACAGCUGCCCGUGUCGAUCAUCGGAGUUCACCUGUGGCGAUGGACAAUGCAUUCCGAACUACUUGGUGUGCAACAGAAACCCAGACUGUCGAGAUCAAUCGGAUGAACGAAAUUGUACUUGCUCCAGGGGCGAGUUCCGGUGUAACACCGGUGAGUGCAUUCCCGAUUCCCGACGAUGUGAUUUGAGGGUAGACUGCCGCGAUGGAUCUGACGAGAAUGAUUGCAGGCGGAAAUGCCGAUAUUACGAGUGGACUUGCCACGAUGGUUCUUGUAUUCAACCGCGACAACGCUGCGAUCGACAUUACGAUUGCCCAGACCGCAGUGAUGAACUCAAUUGCCAUAGUGACAGAUGCGAUCGUAAUAUGUUCAGGUGUGAGAAUGGUCCUUGUAUUCCGCAAUCUUUGAGAUGUAACCGAGUAGUCGACUGCCCUUAUGAUACAAGCGAUGAACUAGAUUGUGUAGAGCAUACGCCCCCAAGCGAAGGAGACAGGAGACUGAACCUGAAAACAUAUCCAGAUGAACAGAUUAUUAAAGAAAGACAAAUAGUCGAGGGCCGUGAAGUCGUCUUCCAAUGUCGUGACGAGGGUCUCCUUCGGGCCAAGGUCCGAUGGACACGCGCAAACGGAAUGCCUCUUCCUCCGGGAUCGCGUGAUUUGAACGGCCGAUUGGAAAUUCCCAACAUUCGGUUUGACCAUAAUGGUGACUACGUCUGUGAAGCUGUCGGAUAUCCGAAAUCGACACCCGGAAGCACCAAAACGGUACAUUUGAUCGUGGAACGAUACAAUUAUGCGGAACGUCCUCCUUCAGCAUGUUCAAUUGCUCAAGCAACGUGCAUGAAUGGCGACUGUAUUGCCAAGUCGCAAAUAUGCGACGGUAACUACGACUGUACGGAUGGUUCCGAUGAAACCGGGUGCAGCAAAUCGCAGCGUUGUCAGCCGAACGAGUUCAAGUGCCGCAACAGCAAAUGUAUUUACAAAACGUGGCGCUGCGAUGGAGAAUCGGACUGCGAAGACGGGUCUGAUGAGGAAAACUGUGCUACUCUGCCACCGGAAGCACCGUGUCGGUAUGACGAAUUCCAGUGUCGCAGCGGUCAAUGUAUCCCGAAGUCGUUCCAAUGCGACUCGCAUCCAGAUUGCAUCGAUAAGUCGGAUGAAAUUGGCUGCAUGCCCCCUACGGUAAUCCAACCACCUCCUCCUUCGAGAGAAAUUGUAGCUGGAGGAAUCUUGAAUAUCACAUGUCGUGCCACUGGUGUUCCAAUCCCGCUCAUUGUUUGGCGGCUCAACUGGGGACACGUUCCAGACAAGUGUCAUAGUAUUAGUGAUAACGGUUUUGGAGUACUCACUUGUAACGAUAUGCAACAGAUAGAUUCUGGUGCUUAUUCAUGUGAAAUCAUAAACUCUUUGGGAACUCACUUUGUAUCACCUGACACUAUUGUAACUGUCACCGGAAAUGCCACCGUUUGUCGCUCAGGAUACUUCAACAGCAAGGCUAGGCACCCCAACGAAUGUAUCAAUUGUUUCUGCUUUGGAGUGUCUAAUCAAUGUCAGAGCGCAGAUUUGUACACAUACGCUCUACAUCCACGGGUCACCUCUCUUACCAUUGUUGGCGUAGAAGGGCCGUGGAGCGGACAGCGGCAAAUAACUGAAGGAGAGUUCAGCAAUCAUGAUUUGGUUGCAACGAGGCACGGCGUCCAGUUGAGGCUUGCGAACAUUGUCCCCAGUAGGCAAAUUCCGUACUACUCACUACCUGUUGAAUACAUUGGAAAUCAACUCAAGUCCUACGGAGGAUCUGUUCGAUACACUGUGGAAUACGAUGGAAGUGGUAGGCCGAAUACUGCUCCCGACAUGAUUAUAAAGGGAAACGGAUUCACAUUGCUCUACAACCACAAUGCUCCUUUCUAUCCAGAUGAAAGGAACCAGGUAACAGCUACUUUCCUACCUGGAGUAUGGCGCAAAGAUGACGGUACCAUGGCUAAUCGAGAAGACCUCAUGAUGGUGUUGGCCAACGUUGAAAGUCUACUUAUAAAAAUGCUGUACGUUGACGGAGUUGAACGAAAUAUUGAAUUGUUGGACAUCUCUAUGGAUUCUGCAGCAAAUCAGGAUCGUGGACUAGGAUCGGCCACGUUAGUUGAGGAAUGUAGAUGUCCGCCGGGAUACAGGGGACUAUCCUGCGAAAACUGUGAUUAUGACUACGAGCGACAAAGCAGCGGCCCUUGGCUGGGACGAUGUGUUCCCAAAGCACAGGAAUGUCGUCCGGGGUAUUAUGGAGAUCCCAACCGAGGAAUUCCAUGUAACCCAUGUCCCUGUCCGAUAAGUGGAGAUAGGUCCAGGGCAAAGACGUGUAAGCUUGACAGCCGAAAUAAUGUCGUAUGUAACUGUGAUCGAGGCUAUAUCGGUGACAGGUGCCAACAGUGCGCUCCAGGAUACAUCGGAAAUCCAAUGGGAGAAGGUUGUUCCCCAGCACCGGUCUCCAACUGCAAUCCGGAAGGCACACAACAAUCAUUAUCUGACGGUCGUUGUAUCUGCAAAAAUGGAGUUACUGGAACAUACUGUGACCGCUGCCAGGCAGAACAUUUCUUCAUGCACGACAAAGGCUGCGUUGAGUGUUUCUGUAUGGGAGUAUCCAGAACGUGUUCCAGCACUAGCAUGUACAGAGAUACGAUUCAAGCAUCAUUCAGUGACGGCCAAUCUGGAUUCUCACUUAUUUCCGACUAUACGAAUCCAGAAAUUGUCGCCACAAAUAUACCAGCCUCUAGAAGCGAGAUUGUGUACCGAAACUUCGGUACUAGCGAUGAUACUUUCUAUUGGAGAUUACCUGCUAAAUUCCUCGGCAAUAAAUUGACAUCAUACGGAGGUUUCCUUAACUACACCCUACGCUAUACGCCUCACUCCUCGGGAGGAGCAUCGAGAAGCAGCUCCCCGGAUGUUGUUCUCCACAGCGGUAACAAGAUUAAGCUUCAUCACUAUCGAAAUGAGGGCAGCAUUUCACCGGUCGGAUCCAGUACAUACACCGUUGCGAUUUUGGAAGACUUCUGGCAGAACUACGAAGACGGAAACAAAGCUUCUCGUCCUUACUUGCUGAUGGCGCUGGCCAACGUAAGUGACGUUUUCAUAAAGGCCACCUAUAAUACCAUUUCCAACGAGGCAGCUCUGUCACAUGUCAGCUUAGAUGUGGCGGCAGAUACGGACUACUACGGAACCGGCACACGCGCCUGGCCUGUUGAGCAGUGUCAGUGUACAGAAGGACACAUUGGUCUCUCGUGUGAAGAUUGUGCACCCGGUUAUUACAAGGGUGACGGUGGUCUAUAUCUUGGACUGUGCGAGAAAUGCGAAUGUAACGAUCACUCGGAUGAAUGUGAUCCUGUCACGGGAGCUUGUAUGAAUUGCCGACACAACACCUACGGUAGCAACUGCGAGUACUGUCAAUCACCAUACGUUGGCAAUGCUACCGGAGGAACUCCUAAUGAUUGUACUCUUGGUACCUCGGAUCCUACUUAUGAUUGCAAGCAUUGCGAUGUAAAAGGCUCAACAGGCAGAUGUGAUGGAUCAUGCGAAUGCAAACGAUUGGUUGAAGGAUAUCGCUGUGAUCAAUGUCGGCAAGGAUCGUUCGAUUUGAACGCAAAUAAUCCCGAUGGAUGCCGGGAAUGCUUCUGCUCUGGAGUUACCAAAUCAUGCGGUAAAUCCCGUUUGUUCCGUGAAGACUUGCCUUUGUUUAUUUCCGGAGAAGAAGGCUUCUCCAUCACAAAUCGCGACGGUCACGUGUUCAGUAAGGAAGGUUUCGAUGUAGCACCAUAUAGGAACGAAAUCAGCUACAACUUCAGAGACAGAAAUACUUACUACUGGAGCCUGCCGGAACGAUUGCUGGGCAGCCAAAUCCUGUCUUAUGGAGCAAACUUAUCCAUUACACAAUCUACCGUUGGCUCGGAGCCCAUUCCUGAUCAAGAUAUCAUUCUAAUUGGCAAUGGGUUGAAACUUUUCUGGUCUAGACCACACUACGAAGAUGGGGCAUACUCGGUUCCACUUUUGGAAAGUUACUGGACUGUGCUAGGCCCCAGAAGUCCUUACAAAGCCACUCGUAAUGAUCUGAUGACGGUACUCUCAAACCUGGAUCAAAUUUUGGUCCGGGCGACAGUACGAGAUUACACAACCAGGUCGUCCAUCAGUGACAUUGCGCUGGGAACCGCUGUGACAGCACAAACCGAUCAAGGACCAGCCGACGAAGUCGAGUUGUGCCGCUGUCCACCAGGAUACCGCGGAACCAGUUGUGAAUUAUGCGAUGACCUGCACUACAAAGAUGUAUAUGAUCAUUCGGCUGGUAUUCAUGGAGUGUGUAAGCCAUGUCCGUGUGAAAAUGCAGAAUCAUGCGAAAUGAAUGGCCGAGGUGAUGUUAAAUGCAACUGUCUUCCUAACUUUUACGGUCCGAGCUGUGAUAGUCGUGAAUUCACAAGUUCUGUGAAAAAUAUCACAGGGCAUAAAGUCAAUUGCACCGACUACACGAUCAUACUCUACAAUAAAAAUGACAGCUUCGAUCACUAUGAGAUUCGCGAUGAAAAAGGCGUAGAAAUUGGAAUCAUUUAUAAGAGAAAGCGAUCAUUCACAGGACAUCCCGAUGGUGGAGUGGUUCCUCCACGUCCGACGCCGCCACCGACUAUCGAAGUAUCUGUGGCUUCACCAACAAUCCACAUCGUAGAAGUUGGCCGCAACGUACGGCUAGGCUGUACCGCUCGGUAUACUGUAUCGAAGCGACCAAUCGAAGUACGAUGGGACCGGCAAAAUGGCGGUAUGCCCGACCGAGCCUACACCGACAGGGGAGGCACCCUGAUAAUCACCAACGUUCAAAUCUCGGACAGCGGUGUGUACGUGUGCCAAGCGGGAAGCGGUCCAGAUACAGCUUACCAGCAGGUUACAGUAACCGUCGAAGGUGGCUCACCGCAACGUAAGCCAGAAGUUACCAUUUCACCUGAUUAUGUCGAUCUCGAAGAAUAUCAUCCCGCUGAUGUUACAUGCACCGCUACUGGAUUCCCAACGCCCGUGAUAACAUGGGAGCGAAUGGACGGGCACCCGCUUUCAUCCAACGUCAUUAUUGAGUAUGGAUUGCUGCGCUUCAACUCCCUCCGCAAAUCUGACGAAGGAACUUAUCGCUGCUCAGCGCGCAACGACAUUGGUGAAUCCGACAAAAUUCUGCAAGUGUACGUCCGGCAAGCCAGACCACCUCAGGAGCCUUCGCACGAAACAGUACAAAUAGAUCCUGGCAAUUAUGAAGGCCGUUCCGGCGAACAAAUUACGCUGACCUGUAUUUGCAAACCACAUGGUCAAAUUAGAUGGUCCAAAGCUGGAGAACCCACCCUACCAAGGAACAGCUAUGUCCAGAACGAACUACUCAUCAUCGAUCAUGCCACACUGGACAACUCUGGCCGAUAUACCUGUACUGCCGUUUUCCCAAGUGGCCGAGAACGAGCAUCUUACGUUGACGUUAUGAUUUCUCCAAUGAGACCAGACCAAACCGCCCCUCGGGUGAAACCUUUGGAAAAUAAGCAUUUGGUGACCCAAGGAACCGAUUACACCAUACCGUGUGAAGCUAGUGGAAAUCCUCACCCGACAGUCAAAUGGACCUUGAGUGGUAAACCAUUUGCACCCAACGUGCAACAAAACGGAAACAUUCUCCGGAUCCUCAAUGCUCAGCCUUCCAACGGUGGCGUUUACAUUUGUAUGGCGGAGAACAGUGAGGGCAUGGAUCGGUCGUACACCGUAGUGGAUAUUGAUCGUCGCGAAGCUCCAGUUUUGGAACUCUAUCCAACCGAACCGCAGGUAAUUAAGGUUGGCGAAUCCACUCGAUUGUCUUGUCGGGCCACUGCCGGAGUACCGUACCCAACACUCACUUGGGCUCGCAGGGAUCGACGACCGCUAUCGUCGAGAGUUUUAGAGGACUACCCAGGAGUAAUUACGCUCCGCGAAGUUACUCUAGAGGAUGCCGGCGAAUACGAGUGUAGAGCAGAAAACACUGCUGGCUCUACCUCCUUGACAGCUUCAGUUGAUGUUCAGUUAGCUCCAAUAAUUACAAUCUCUCCGGCAGUAGAUGAAUACAAACUCUACGAAGGAGACGAACUGAGCAUACAAUGCUCAGCACGAGGCAAGCCAGAACCAACGGUCCAAAUAAAACCUCCUCAACAUCACGAAAUCGACUCCAGGCAUUUGUCGCGAUUUGAAGGUUUAGGAUCGGCUAACAUUCACAUAUUCCAAGCCGAAACUAAACAUUCCGGAACAUACGAAUGUGUCGCAUCUAGUCCUGCAGGCACUGAUUCGCGCUUCAUCACAAUUCAAGUACAGGAGAAACGAGGAGACCUAGGAUCUCACGACACUGAUAGAGAAACUCAUCCUCACCCUCAUCCACGUCCACCAUAUACCAACCCAACGUAUCCCGGGAGCCCACAGCAGCACACCUACAAAGCCAUCCUUGGAGAACGAUCUGAGCUGCUGUGCAAUGAGGCAUCAAGUGGUGCCCGCACUGAAUGGCGUCGUACCGAUGGUAGAAGACUUCCAUACGGAUCAACGCUCCGCGACGGUCAUUUAAUAAUCGAGAACACUGGUCACGACGCUACGGGGAUGUAUGACUGCAUUGCACAUGAUAUCGUUUCAGCUCCUACUACUAUUGUGCAGAUCAUGUUGGAAGUCAUCGAACCACCACGCAUUACCUUCAGCCCUGCAAUGCCAAUGGUAGUACGGUCGGGAGAAACAGUAAUCAUCACCUGUAACGCUACUGGAGAACAGCCCAUCGAUGUCAGGUGGCACGGAGAGAACGGCCAGUAUCUACCGGAAAGGAUACGGGUCAGGGGACUAUACCUGCAGUUCACUCAAAUCACACCAGACGAUGCCGGACGAUACUACUGUUCUGCGGCCAACCGGCAUGGAAACGUUACCAAAGUGGCAGAAGUUAUCGUAAACCGAAAUGAAAUGAUUCCUGAAAUCCCUCAGCAAGGUCGUCACCACGAAGUGAUGCCAGGACAAUCCGUAUCGCUUACAUGUAGACCACUGGAAAGCCAUUAUUACCCAGAGAAUGUCCGGUACGAAUGGAGUCGCUCAGGCCACCAUGUGCUUAGUUACGACAAAGUGCUACAACUGCGUAACAUCCGAUAUGAAGACGCCGGACGAUAUGAGUGCCGAAUGACCAACCCGAACGGAUCGGUUUUGCACGACUAUGUAGACGUAUCCGUUAGGGGUCCCGGAACAACCCGACUGAUCAGUGUUGAAUGCACCUACACUGAAUACAUCUGCGGGUCACCCAUAGUUGUGUCCAAGAACUGCGUACCGGCCUGGAUCUGCGAUGGCAUUCCGGAUUGUGGCAAUUUCUCCGAUGUUCACAACUGUCGCGUGAUGCGUCGAGGAAAGCUUGUUUACGAAAUCCCGGACGAAAACCCCCGCGGUCAACGUCAUUCGCUCCGCCACCGGUUACCACCUCGCACCUCGGCCAUGGAUUCUCCUCUGACGCGACCUGCAACUAUGUUUUUCGCUCCCCAGGCAUUGCCAAUCCUUCGAUUGGAACCGACCGUGUCAUACCUAAGCCCAGGUGAGUCAGGAUUUGUCGACUGCAGCUCGUCUGCCGGAGCACAUGUGCCAGUUACAUGGGAAAGGAUGGGAGGCACUCCAUUGCCUUACAACUUCAGGCAAGAUGGAAACAGGCUGAUCAUUCAGAAUGUCGCCGAAAGCGAUGCGGGAAAGUAUACCUGUGUUUGCCGUACCGAUGAUGGACUUCAAUACAUCUCGGACUUUGAACUGCAAGUCAGUCCUGGAAGACUGCCGGAGACAUCGCGCAGUUCCAAAGUGGAAUACGCUAGCCGUGGCUCAACGGUGAAGCUUCAAUGUAACACCGACAUUCACCCUACAUCGUUCCAGUGGUCACGCGAUCGAGGCUCGUUUAACGCCGAUCAAAAUAUCACCAUCCCAAUCCUCACACUGACAGACGUGCAAGCGGCCGAUGCAGGAACAUACAUUUGUACAGCUCGUCACAAUGGUCACACGGUGGACGUGCUAACUACACUUGUAGUCAGCGGAGCCAUCCCUUACUUCCCACAAUCUCCGAAAAGCUACAUGGCGUUCAACAAGAUCGAGAACACUUACUCAAAGUUUAACUUUGAGAUAUCCUUUAAACCUGAGAAAAUGAAUGGCCUUAUAUUGCAUAACGGUCAACGGACACCAAAUGGAGAUUACAUAUCCCUGUCUUUGAAAAACGGAUUCCCACAAUUCCGGUUCGAUUUCAACGGUCAGCAGGUUACUUUGCAACCUGAAAAACCGAUCCACAUGGGUCAGUGGCAUACGGUUAAGGUGAACCGAGUUAGAAACAAUGGGUUCAUGUUGGUUGACGAUCAAAGUCCUGUAGUCUUCCCCGAAAAACUAAAGUUUCAUGGUUUGAAUUUGGAUGACAAUUUGUAUAUUGGAGGGGUUUCCAACUUUGGCGCCAUCCCUGCAUCUGCUGUAGAGCACAAGGAAGGUUUCGUGGGUUGCAUCAGUAGGUUGAUUAUCAACGGACAAGAAAUUCAACUACAUCAAGAGGCAAUUAUGAACGAAGGCACGACAUCCUGUGAAUCGUGUGCUGAUGAUCCAUGCUUAAAUGCGGGAAUAUGCUUGGAAACACAAACAUCUGUUGGAUAUUCCUGCGUAUGCCAGGAGGGAUUCACCGGCAAGGAUUGUAGCAUCGAAGGCCAAAGGUGUAUGCCAAACACUUGCGGAAUAGGACGUUGCGAAGAGACGGAAACUGGUGCCGAGUGCUACUGCCCCAUCCAUAAAACUGGUGACCGAUGUCAGUACACCGAACAUUACGCCGAUGAUACCCUGGCGUUCAAAGAUGGCAGCUAUGCGGCUUACGACAAAUUCCAAACCAAGCGCAGCGCCAAGUUCCGCAUCAAGCCCGAUUCCUUGACUGAUGGUGUGCUAUUGUAUGCGGCCGAGAACGAAAAGACGUAUGGUGAUUUCAUUUCCCUCGCGUUGAGAGACGGCCAUGUCGAGCUUCGCUAUAGUGUCGCAGGAAAAAUACCACCAGUGACACUCCGAUCAACGGUGCCAAUAGAAGUUAAUCGUUGGCAUGAGAUAUCUGCUGGUCGCAGCCGUAGCGGAUUGGCAUAUCUUCAGGUCGAUGAAGAACCUUUGAUCAAUGAGUCAAAAUCGGGCAGAGCGACAGCUAUUGCUCUCAAGUCGAAUGUAUACGUUGGAGGAUACGAUAAGCGGAUAUUGUUGAAUCGUGCCGUUGGAGUGAAUCGAGGAUUCGAAGGAUGCGUGUCAGAUCUUGAAAUUUCCGGAAAUGUGAUAAAUAUGAUUGAUGACAUCAAAGAAUCUGCGAACCUCUACAACUGUGGUCAUCAGCAGCACACCGGUGGAGUGGACCACGGCAAUGACGAAGAUAAUGAAAUCGAUCCAUGUAGACCAGGUUACGCGGGUCCGCAUUGUGACAUUGUCGUAGACAUCUGCUUAGCGCAAAGACCCUGCGAAAAUGGAGGACACUGCCAAACUAAACAGGACCCUACCUUGUACACAUGCGAAUGUCACUCGGGUUUCCUUGGAAGAAACUGUGAGCACGCUUACGCUACUAACGUAGGAUCACAGUUCAGCGGAGACGGAUUCUUGGAGAUCAAUCCGCGAGCAAUCACAGAAGAAGUUGAUCAAUAUGGAACAAAACUAGCAGUUAUGUUCAGCACGACACACAGUAAUGGAAUGCUUCUGUGGUACGGACAAAGGAAUGGAGACAACUAUGCCGGAGACGACUACAUCUCGUUGUCCGUGCAUGAAGGAUACUUAGAAUUCGGAAUGCGUCUAGAUGGACAAGAGUCGACGUUGCGAAACGAGGACGUAUUUGUUGCCGACGGCGAGCAGCACAUUGCCGUAAUUACCCGUGAAGCCAACCGAAAUCGGUUAGAGGUGGAUCAAUUUUCGGCACAUGGAGAGACUCGCCCCACCGGAAAGCAAGAGAUUCAUCUUCCAGGAAAUCUCUAUAUUGGUGGAGCACCUCAUCUGAGUCGUUUCACAGGAGAACGGUUCAACGAGAGCUUCAAUGGAUGCGUCUACGUGAUAGAAAAUCCCGACACGGCCCGAGCCGUGCCACUGGAAAACUUCGCUAUUCGGACGGUUAAUGUUGAUGUUUGUGAUGAAGUUGUAGACCUAGGCACUGAACCGCCGAUUGUUUAAGUUUUGUACAGGAUUACAAACCGAACCACGUGUAGUCACAAUCUGCGAUACGAAUGAACUUCCACGAUUGCUAUAACGAUUCCCUAUCCGGAGCCAACUCUACUGCGCAACUAACGUGGACGCAUCUGGAUAUAGUCCCGUUCGUUUCGAGCAUCGUCGAUCUUUUAGUGUAGGUACGACAGAACUCCACUCCUCAUUUGUUUGGUCUUUUCAUAUCAAGUUUCCUUAGAUUAUCCAAUCAAAUCGAAUAUGUGCCAAAUAACGAUAGUAUUUAUGAACGAAUCGACAAAGUGACUAAACAAACGAUAUCUACUAUUUAAAAUGAUGCACAUCAGAUAUUCAA